AUGGAUUUGUCAAGUGUGUCGGCUCGACCUCCUACUCUUGAUAGUGGUGGGAAGAACUACAACUUGUGGAAAACUAGAAUGAAAAUCUAUAUCAAAUCUAUUGAUGAACGUGCCUGGGUGGCUGUGUUGGAUGGGUGGACUCCACCGCGUACCACUGAUGAAAAUGGAGUUACAUCUCUCACACCCGAGAGUCAAUGGUCUGCUGAUGAAAGACUCAUUUCUAAUCACAACUCCAGAGCCUUAAAUGCUAUCUUUAUCUCUGUUGAUGUUCCUGCCUUUCGCAUGAUUUCUAAUUGCACGGAAGCUCGAGAUGCUUGGCUCAUUUUGCAGGAACAAUGUGAAGGAUCAGCCAGUGUUAGAGCAACAAAAAUGCGAAUGUUGACCACCAAAUUUGAGAUUUUAAGAAUGCGCGAUGAUGAGACUUUCUCUGCAUACUAUGAAAAACUUUGUGAAAUCUCAAAUGAAGCUGUUGGACUUGGUGAACCUAUUAGCAACGAAAGAUUGGUCAGUAAGAUACUGAGAUCUCUUCCUGAAAGGUAUAACAUGAAAAUCUCUUCAAUUGAAGAAACUGCUGAUGUUGCUACCUUGCGUGUUGGGGAUCUGGUCAGUAAGUUGUUAACUUUUGAGAUGAAUCUCGAACAGCAGAAAGCUGAUCAUGUGUCCAAAAGUGUGGCUUUUCGUGUUGAAAAGAUUCCUGAAAACUCUGAAAUUACUAACUUGUCUGAGUGUACAGAUGUUGAUCCCGAGGAGGAAGAUGAUGUUAAUCUUGCUAUGAAACCUUCUGGGAUGUCUGCUGGAUCUUCAUCCAACAUCACCAAUGUUAAGAAGAAUGUUGGAACAACAUCUGAAGUAAGAAGUGUUGAUCACAUUCAGUGCAGGGGCUGUCAAGGGAUGGGUCACUAUGCAAAUGAGUGUCCCACAGUUGCAAGAAAAAGGCAUUCUGGUCUUACUGCAACUCUUAGUGAUGACUCAGAUUCUGAGGAGGAAAAAGUUCUCCUUAUGGCUACAGUUGAUGAAGAGCUUUUGCAGGAAGAAGACAUGAUUGGAGCCCUUGAAAAUCUUGAUGAUGAAAUGAUUUUUUCAGAUAGUUUUUCUGAAUCUGGAACUCUAAGUGUUGAUGACAAUAUUUCCAGAUCCGACUGUGGUGUUGAUCUGGUUGAUGUGUCUGACAAUAUGAAUGUUGAUGAUGAUGUUGCCAACACAGACGUGAACAUCUCUUCUGAAAAUAAUCAGUUUGAUGUGUUUUUUAACAAUGAUGUUUUUGACAUGGACACUGAUGUUCAGGAGAUUGAUGGGAUGAAGAUCCCCACUAACACAACGAACUGGUAUGAAAUGACUAUUCUUGAUGAUUUCAACUCUAGUAUACCGGAUUUUUGUUGUGUUGCAGCCUUGGAAGAACAGGAGAGUGAUCCACUGAAAGAAAUGGAGAAUUUUAAAGAUCUCUAUGAGAUUGUUGAUUCUCAAUGUCGGGAGUUGAGAAAUGACAUUUGUAUGUUGGUUGAUGAAAACCAAAAUCUCAAAGGGCAAAUUACAAGGCUUGAAAGGAUGCUCUCUCAACGUGAUGUUGAACUUGAUAUACUCCGAGGUAAAGUUUGUGAUUCUGAAAGGGUGUUUAAACGGUUUAACAAAGGGACCUCAUGUUUAAAUGAAGUUCUGUCUCAUGGUCAGCAUAGUAAUUCUGGUAUUGGUUUCUGUGCUAAUGAGCAAAGAAAGCAACAUCGUAAUACUACUGUUUUUGUUAAAGAAAGAAAUGUCAGUGUGAAUGUUGACAACAUUAAGGAUCCUCAUAAGAAAAGCAAAAAGAAAAAAACCUAUGUUUGUCAUUAUUGUUCUGCUCCUGGACAUAUCAAACCUCAUUGUGUCAAAUACAUAAGUGAUUGUGCUGUAAAAUCUGCGACACAAAUGUUUGACUGUUACCAGAAGAAUGUUAGUAACACUGGCAGGUUUGACUUUAACAGAUUGUUGGAUAAGAGAGAACAGAAUGAAACCUGUAAUACUGUUGUCUACACCUCUUUGAAUGCUAAUAUUUCUGAGAAUUGGUACUUUGACAGUGGGUGUUCUAGACAUAUGACAGGAACAAAGGCUUUACUCUCUGAUUUUGUUCCAACAUCUGGAGGAAAAGUCACUUUUGGAGGAGGUGCGAAAGGAACAAUUCUGGGGAAAGGAGUUCUCAAUGUUACUGAUUUUCCUAAAUUAAAAGAUGUGUAUCUUGUUGAAGGGCUUAAGGCUAACCUGUUUAGCAUAAGUCAGUUAUGUGAUGCAGGUAUGACUGUAAAGUUCGACAAACAUCUUUGUGAAGUCUUUGAUGAUACAAAUCUGUGUGUGAUGAUGGGAAAAAGGUCGUCUGACAAUUGCUACAAGUCCCAAGAAGAAACAUUCUGCAAUGCAGUCAAACUUGAUGAUGUUGAGCUAUGGCAUCAACGACUGGGACAUGUUAACUUCAAGAAUAUUCAAAAGUUGAUCACGCAUGAUGUAGUUCGAGGCCUUCCUAAUCUGAACUUCAAGAAAGAUGUUGUGUGUCAACCUUGCCAGAAGGGGAAGCAACACAAAACAGCUCAUCCAAUGUUGUCAACAUGUUGUACCUCGAAAUGCUUCGAACUCCUGCAUAUGGAUCUGAUGGGACCCAUUGAAGUUGAAAGCUUAGGAGGAAAAUGGUAUGUACUUGUGUGUGCUGAUGAUUUUUCAAGAUAUACCUGGGUUGAAUUCUUGAAAACAAAAUCUGAAACCUUUGUUCAUUUUAAGAAACUGUAUAAAAGGUUUAGAGUUCAAUAUGGCCAGUAUGUUGGAAGAAUUAGGACUGACCAUGGCAAAGAAUUUGAGAACUCUCUCUUUGAUAACUUCUGCACUAACAAUGGAAUUUUCCAUGAGUUCUCUGCACCCAAAACUCCUCAGCAAAAUGGUGUUGCCGAAAGAAAGAAUAGAACCAUUCAGGAAAUGGUGAGAGCUAUGUUGCAAGCAAAAGGUCUCUCCAAACGACUAUGGGCUGAGGCUGUAAGUACAACAUGUCACAUCAUCAAUAGGGUGUACAUGAGACCAGGUACUAUGUUAACUCCGUAUGAGAUCCUCAAAGGCAAGAAGCCCAAUCUCAAGUACUUUCAUGUUUUUGGAUGUGUCUGUCACAUCUUGAAUGACCGUGAUCAUCUUAACAAGUUUGAUUCUAAAAGUGACAAAGGUCUCUUUCUUGGAUAUUCUGUGAAUAGUCAUGCGUUUCGUGUAUAUAACCUCAGAACUAAGACUAUUCAAGAGACUGUUAAUGUUGUGUUUGAUGAUUCUCUUAGUCUCUUUGAUAGAACAGAGGAUGAAUAUGUUACUGAGCUACUUGAGGAGCCCAACAACAUAAGUCAUGCCUCUGAUCACCACAGAAGUGGCAAUGAUGGUACAACAUCUGUACCAACAUCUGAUGUUACUUCGUCCGGGUCAACAUCAGAAGGAGAAGCUGGCAACUACGUGUCGGACUCUGAAGAAGAGUUGGAAGCUCAAUUUCUUCAUGAUUCCAUUAGACGAGAUCCCCCAAGUCAUGUGAGAAGAGAUCAUCCAAGUUCUCAAAUCAUCGGAGACGUUGGUGAAAAAGUGGUCACUCGACAGAAGAAGGGAGUCAAUUACAAAGAGUUGGUAAGAAUUGCUUGUAUGACUUCUGUGUGUGAGCUUGCUGAGGUUGAAUGUUAUCUGUCUCUUGUUGAACCUAAGAAUGUUGCUGAUGCUCUUAAAGAUGUUAUGUGGGUCAAUGCUAUGCAUGAAGAACUUAAUCAGUUUAUUAGAAAUGAUGUGUGGGAUCUUGUUCCUAGACCACAUAACAAGAAUGUUAUUGGUACUAAGUGGAUUUUCAAGAAUAAAACUGAUGAGUCUGGUAACAUUGUUAGAAACAAAGCUAGAUUGGUAGCACAGGGGUAUACGCAAGUGGAAGGGAUCGAUUUUGAUGAAACUUUUGCUCCCGUUGCUAGAAUUGAGUCAAUUAGGCUGUUGUUUGCCAUUGCUUGUCAGUUUGGGAUCUCCUUGUUACAAAUGGAUGUUAAGAGUGCCUUUCUAAAUGGUGUGUUAUCUGAGGAAGCCUAUGUUGAACAGCCUAAAGGAUUUGAAAACACUAGUAAGCCUGAUCAUGUGUUUAAACUUAAAAAGGCUUUGUAUGGCUUAAAACAAGCACCACGUGCAUGGUAUGAAAGGUUGACUGUGUUUCUCCUUGAUUAUGGUUUUUCUCGUGGUCAAGUUGAUAAAACUUUGUUCAUCAAAAGGCAUGCUGGUAACACUAUCAUUGCACAGAUUUAUGUUGAUGAUAUUGUGUUUGGUGCAACUAAUGAAAAGCUUGUGAAGGAUUUUGUUAAGGCCAUGUCUACCACAUUCGAAAUGAGUAUGGUGGGGCAAUUGAAUUUUUUCCUAGGUUUACAAGUAACACAAACUCCUGAAGGCAUUUUCUUCUCUCAAAGCAAGUACUCGAAAAGUCUUGUUCAAAGAUUUGGCCUAGAGUCUGCUAAACACAUGAGAACUCCCAUGGGUUCCACUGACAGAUUAUGCAGGGACGAUGUUGGACGUGAUGUUGAUCCAACACUAUACAGAGGAAUGAUUGGCAGUCUGCUUUAUCUAACUGCAAGUAGACCUGAUAUUCUGUACAGUGUAGGAGUGUGUGCUAGGUACCAAGCUCAGCCAAAGGAGUCACAUUUGAAGGCUGUUAAACGCAUCAUACGCUAUGUUGCUGGAACAUCUGAACUUGGAAUGUGGUAUUCCAAAGACACUAACUCUAACAUUGUUGGAUUUAGUGAUGCUGAUUGGGCAGGUGAUGCUGAUGACAGAAAAAGUACAAGUGGAGGAUGUUAUCUCUUGGGAAACAAUGUUGUGUCCUGGUUAAGCAAGAAACAAAAUUGUGUAUGGCUCUCUACUGCUGAAGCCGAAUACAUUGCUGCUGGCAGUUGUUGUGCUCAACUUCUUUGGCUCAGACAGAUGUUGGAUGACUAUGGUAUGGAAAGCAACAUCUUGACUGUCAUGUGUGACAACACUAGUGCUAUAGAGAUUUCUAAGAAUCCUGUUCAACACUCUCGCACAAAGCACAUUGAUAUUCGUCAUCAUUUUAUAAGAGAUCUUGUUGAGAAAAAGCUCAUUGUGUUGGAAUACAUUCCUACUGAAAAACAACUUGCUGAUAUUUUUACCAAGGCUUUAGAUUUUGAGAGAUUCUCCCAUCUUAGGAAGUCUCUCGCUCUUUCUCCAAAAGGCUCUCCGAAGAGAAGCACCACUGAAUCGUCUGUAGGGGCUGAUGUUGAUCCUGUCUCUCUGCAAAUGGUUGAAACUCCCAUCAACCCUGAGCCGAUCUCCACUGUUCCUCCCCUUGAGAAUGUUCUUUCAAAAAUGGCGCCUGAUUUCUCUGCGAAAGUUGACGAAAAUCUCACGAAGGGGAAAACUUCUCUUCCAAACCCCAUUGUUCAUGCGACCUCGGAAAAAUCCACAGGACUUCCAGCUGUUGGUGUUACUCAACAUCAAACUUCACUUCCUACUCCAAGCGAAGAGUCAAUUCCGUCUUCAAAAGAGGAAUCAGCGCAUGCUUCUCCAGAUACCUCUUUGGAGAGAAUUGGAGAAAUUGCCAAAGAGGCCCUGCUUGAUCUUGCUUCACAACCGGGGUCAGAUGUUGAUAAAGCUUCUGCUGUUGCUGUAGAAGAAUGUGUCGCUGGAGAUAUUCCCACAUCCAUGGAUGUUGAUGACUCUGAAAAAAUUCCUGAUGUUGGUCAGGAUGUUGAUCCAGAAGAAAGCACAGAUGUUAUUGAUGUUGACACCUUUGUCCCUGACAAGAAAAGCCGAAAACGUAAAGCAGGAAUGGCCUCUCUCAGGAGGUCCUCAAGGUCAAAAUCCACACGGGUGAUCCCUUCUACUCUAAAUCUUCCUAGCCGAGAAGACAGUGAUGUUGGUCCAACAUCACAGCCUCCUGUUCUCAAGCCAAAGGUUGAGCAUUCUCCCACCUCAAAGAGCGGAAAGGUAUCCUCUACCUCUCACACUACCUCCCCUCGCAUCAGCUGCUCUGGAAGCUCCUCUGAAUCAGAGGUUGAGCCUUUAAAUCCACAGGUGGAACAAAAACUCAAGGAGAGAGAGGAAAUUGUGCUUGUUGAAGAGAAGAAUCUACUUGAGUUUUCCAAAACCCUCCUCACUCCUGAUCGUGUCAAAGAUCUCCCCUACGAACCUCCACGUGCUGGCCCUACCUUGUCUCCUCAGCCUGAUGAUGAAGCUGACUCUGCUGAAGUUGAGAUUGACAUGUAUGGUGAAGACGAAGAUGUUGAUCGUGCGACUUCUCCUGCUGUUGCACUUGAUGUUUCCAACAUCAUUUCUGUCAAAGCACAUCUCACUAGAGAAACAUCCACCUCUCGUAAAGGCAAGGAACCAGCUGGAGAUUCAGAAGUUGAGAUUGAUCUUGAUGUUGCAGAGCUCAUCAAGGCCAGAGAGGAUCUUCUCAAGCUCAAAAGACAAGUGCAGUUGAUGGUGGAUCGGACGAUCAAGAUGGGACAGGACAUGCUUGCCCGGGUUCUUUUGUUUAUUCAGGGGAAGUCCUUAACUUUCUCUUGGUUGUUUCAAACCGAGUGUUGUGCCAACAUUCAGUUUGUGUUUCUUAAGGUUGUACCUCAAGUGCUUCUUAAGGUUGUACCUCUUGUUUGUUUCAGGGGGAGUGUUUACGACAUCUCCUCUGGACUGAUUUUGAGGUUCACCUCCUGUUUGAUUAAGGGGGAGUUUCUAACUCUUUCUUGA